AUGUCCUCCUCUGACGACCCAUACACCCACUGGACAGCGCUCUCAGACGACGAGCUCACCGUCGACAAUGUCGAGGAGAUCCUCAGAGCCCUGGAGGACGACUUGUGGGUGGCAGCUGCGUGCGUGGACAGGUUGGUAGACGACGUAGCAGUGCAACGCUCCCUUCUGCAGCUUGGUGUCGAACGGACGGAGAGCGUGGUGGAAAGCGGAAAUAAAUCACUGACUUUCUCUAAAAUCUUGGUGGAGGAAGCUUUGAAUGCAUCAGAUGAUGGGCAGGCUGAUGCAGACUCUAGCGUCGACGCCGAGGUCAAGACACGCAGGGACGCUCUCGCCUCGCAUUUCCGUGACGCGCCUGUCGAUGCUCAGCUAUGUCAGAUGCGUGGCAUACUACUGGAUCGUCUCGACAGGCUCAAUACCUUUGUCGAACUUUGCAAGGAACUUCCUGUAGCGACAAACGAAGAUGAACUUGACGAUGAAUGGGAGGACGAUCCUUGGGCAGACGGAACACCUGACACGUCUUCCACAAAGCCCCCACGAGGCUCACCCGUCGAUUCGCCAGUUCCACUAUCUAUAUUUCUUGUGGACGACUUGCUGGACAUCAGUCGUAUAUUCGCCGCGCAUGAAUAUUAUCCCGCUCUUCAUAUUCUGCUAUCUCGCCAUACUUCAUCCUUAUGGGCAUACCGCUUCACCAUCCUUGACCGUAUACCUGACCAUGCACACCCGUCCGAAUACAGAGAUCUCCUUCCUGGCUGUGAUGCCUCCACUGACAUGGAAGCCCAGUUCACAGGUCAGAAUUGGAGACAGGAGACUGACUGGGCCGAAAGCGUGGACCUAUUGACAAGCACAGAAGUAAUAACGUGGUAUAAACAGCGCGUCGACCGUGUCAUAUCCUCAACAGGCAUGGUCGACAUCGCUCUCGCACUCAUACAACAUGGCGCAUCACAGGGUGUACCCGACCUCGAUGAACUGGGAGAAGAACUCAGUCUUUUAGCACGACUCGUAUACGACGUUCCUCAUUCAAGCGACGCAGCAGAAGAAGAUGACUGGACACUUGCUCGCUGGCAUUCUAUGGAUCCUGCAAGCAUAGUCAAAGCUUACCUAUCUCACUCAACGCCAGAUACCAUAGCCAAGGACAUCUCUAGGCUUGUCAUGCCCUAUCUCUUUGUACUCGAGUCGCGUGCAGAACGAGCAGGACAGCCCGACCCUGAUCUCCCCAAUCGUCUUCUCUACGAUUACAUCCUCACCGCCCCUCUCUCCAUCUCCGCAGCCAUAUUCGAAGCAUCCAAACCCACUCUCCUACCCGCCCAACGUCUCGUCCGUGACGAUGAAGUCCUCGCCAAACUCGCGCUUGCAUGUUUGUAUGGCAGCAACAGCAAGACCGAAUGGUCAACCAUGAGCCGCAUAUUCGAAUGUUUACCCGCUUGGGAUAUAAAUCGCGACGACGAAGACCAAGCAGACGAGGCAGAUUCUACACUGGUAUCCCUCGGCGCAUUCGUCGUACCAUCUACCGCGCGCCCACACUGCACCGCACCCGACCUACUCCUCUUCUUCAACCCUCUCCCCCUUGCUUCACUCUCCCGCGCUCUGGACAUCCUCGACGUACAUCUCGAAUCAGGCGAGAUAUUUGCACGCUGGAACGUCGCCGCCCCUUUGCAGUGGUUCCUACGAAGCAGCCAUGACGCCGCCGAGCAGCGUGCUUGGGCAAACAGGAUGGCACGGCGGGCCGGUGGACCUGGGGAAGAAUUAACGCGACGUGAAGACUGGGAAUGGUUAUUGGAUGACAUGCUCAAGCUCUGUAGCAUAAGCGAGACCGGUUUGAAGAGCGCCUUUGGCCUUCUAUCUAACGACGAGGUCAUUCGAAUAUUCUUUGCAGGCCUUCUGAGCUCGGGUAGAUUCAAUAUCGCCAAAGACAUGCUUCGGUCAGCGAACCAAAAGCUGUCGCUUAGCUCCGACGCGGUCGAAGAUAUCUGUCUAGCCGCAUCGAGGGAGUUUUAUGACAACGCGAGUUCUGGUAACUACAAAUUUGGGGAUAUGAAACUAGCAUAUGAAUGUCUGGACGUCCCCCCACCUUCGGAUAAACUCUCAAGCGAGAAAGAAUUCAUCGAAGCCACCUCGCGUCUGUCUUCCUUCAAUAUCAUAUCCCGUCCCGGCAUCCCCAUCUCCCCUAUCGAAAUCCGCCUAACCAAAGACCGCCUCUCCCUCAUCUCCCGCGUCCUCUCCAGCAACGCAGACGCCUACAAACACACCCAAGUCAUCCUCGACCUCCUCUACAAGCUCGGAUUCCGAAACAACGUCGCCGCCGAGGCCAAGACCCUCGCCAUGCUCGCCGACACCGCUCUGCAAGCCGAGGACUUUGCGAGGGCGUACGAGGCGAGCGAGCGCAUGAUCCACACCGUUCUGCACCUGCGCUCCGCGGCGCCUUUGGGCGUUGAAGAACCCAUGGUGCAGGAAGCGAGCAACGUGUGUUGGGUGGCGUGCUUUCAGCUGGGCCGUCAGCCUGAAUUCCCGGAUGUGCGGAAGAAGCUCUUGCUUCUGGGACGCGCCCUCGAACUAUGUCCGGCGGAUAAACUGCAUGAUGUGCUGAACGCUUGGCGCCGCCUCGAGAAAGAAGAUCUGGAAAGGCGGCGAGAAGAACUGGCAGGUUAUGCGACGAAGGCGCCUCGCAAACGGGUGUCGUCUCCUGAUAAGCAGCUGUCUUCGCUGGGCAUGCGUCUGCAUGAUUUGCAUAUGCCCUCAUCGCCAUUGGUAAACGCAGAAGACGCUGCUGCACUGGCAAGUCGGACAUUCAAUCGCAUGGCAUCAAAUUUCCCAUUCUCUGUUGGCGCGAGAAGUCGUUCUACGUUUUCUAGAGAAGAUGAAUCGGGGGGAAGGGGAGAAGGCGGUGUUGGAUUCGAUGGGGAUGUCGUCUCGGCGCAGGCAAGCCGGGUGCUGCAGAAGGGUAUCGGAUGGCUACUCGGGGCAGACGACGACAGUUGACCGGACUCUUUCAUGACUUUUUACGAGACACCCUUAUUUGUAGUGCAGCUAUAUGUCUUGCAAUCCUACUUUGCAUCAAGUAGAAUAUGUGUUUGGAAAAAAGUAUAUAUGCACAGGACAGGGAGUAUAAAACUUUCAAUAACAAAACGAGAGUAAACAUGAACGAGAGUGUGUCACAACUGCGAAAUAGACGUGCGAUAGGACUAAAUGGUAACAACAACGAAAAAAGGAAAAGACAUUAGAAAUAUGGUAGUGUGGACGCGAAGGACAGGUAGUAAUGCAAGAAAUACAUUGACAACAAAGAUUAUAUGCAAAUAUAAGAUGAUAGGAUAACGCACGCAUACAAGACACUUUAAAAAAAACCAAGAUAUAAUGAGUGGCGGGGGCGGUGACGUUUAUUCUUCAAUCCAUCCAACCAAGGCGAAAGAUCGAGAGCGUAGUUUUUUUGUUGUUGUGUUGGGAUAAUUUUGUGGUGUUAAUACCCACUUCCAAACCGGGCUGCAUCCCCAGUACGUGCUCUGGGUCGGUUAACGACCCCUCCUCCUUUCCUAGCUUCCAAUUCCUUGCCAAACUCGCGAGCACCACGGUCGUCGUGGUCACCAUGCAUCGAUCCCCUCCCACAGACCUCGCAGUAAUCCCUAUCUCUUCCCUCCGUCCCGCGCAGAUCCUCCACUUCGGCCUUCAAAUCCCGCACUUGCCCCUCAAGUUCCCAGAUCUGUCGUUGCCAAGCUUUCUUCGCGGAGAUGAUCUGAUCUUGCAAAGCUUGGAUCACCACAGACUGAUUUCCUGGCGCAACACUGACAGAAGGCCUUCCAUCACUACGCAACGCAGAACCAGGCGUCAUUGGUGACAUUGCAGUACCGAGAGAACUGGGGGAUUCAGACUCCAUAUCUGUAGGAGACUCGGACUCUGCUUGUGGGCCGACGACGAUAUCAGUAAAGUGUGCACUGAAGGUUGUAGAAACGGGGCGGAGUUUUAGAGCUUGGAAAUCGGUAGUGCCAGGCGGUGCACUUUGCGGGGAUUGAGGUGCAGGGGUGAAAAUCGCACUUGCGAUGGGCGUUAUGCGUGACUGAGGAGGCGGCUGAGCAGAUGAAAGGGAGCGUGCACCCGUACCUCCUGUAACGAUGGACAGUGGAGGAGGGGUGUGUUUCCGCUGCGGGCUCGUGUUUUGCUUGACAAUCGGUUGACUGACCUCGAGCACAUCCUGAGAAGCGAGUACAUCUUGCAGUGACUUCCCACCGUUAGAAUCCUGCAAAAGAGAGGGUGACAACGAAGGCACUGGUACGCGAGACGGCGGCAGUUUUGGCGUUGUCGGUACGUGCUGGUACGACACGUUGGUUUCCGAGUAGACAUCCGAAAGAGCAGGUACGGGUGGAGGCGUCGUCUUGUCCUUUUCGCGCUCCCGUCCGUUGAAUAUUCUCAUAAACCCACUUUUCUUAUGUUUCAACGCACGUGGUCCCCCCUGGCCAGAGGUAGCUUCUACCUGGGGAGCCCCCACCAUAGAGUGCAAUGCAUUCCUAGCGCGCGCUCCUGCGCUAAUAGAUCGACCUCUCACCCUGCCCCCCGGUGGACUUUGACUUGCUCCGCUGC